GACUCUAUUGAAAUUCUAUUAAUGAGAAUGUGACAAUGCCGGUUGGUGUUCCGUCAUUCAGUUUGCUAUACGCUGCUAAGAGAUUUACACUUUUUUUUUACCGCCGUGCUCUGUCACGUUUUCUUUAGUUAAAUAGAAAAAAUAGAAAGAGAAAAAAGGUCUAUGUAAUCACCUUUCACUCAGUUUGUAUCAGAUGAAACAUCGAUUUAAUCAAUCUGGAAAACGUUGAUGAGAAUGAAUCUGAGACUCUUUAACUGGGAAUUAUGUUUCAUAUAUCUCGGAAAUUUCAUUUUGCUGUCAGACGGCUCUUGUACCUACCCGUCUGACCUUCAGAGCUCAACAUGGUAUGACAGUAAUAAAGGUCAGCUGACGUACUCCACCAACACGAUGACGGGGUACACCUACUCGUCCUACAACUCCGGAAGCUCAAUAUGGACUUGUUUCCUGAUAGACGGCAACUACAUUGUGUCAAAGGCCAACACUCCUAUAGAUGUAUUUGGCAGCAACUUCGAUGCUUACCUUUGUCAGCUGAUGACCCAAAUCACAACCAAUUCAUACUCCUAUUAUAUUGAAGGAGAUUAUCAAGCGAAUGCAAAUAACGAAAGGAUGAACAUUUUUAUCACCGGAACAAGCGUCAUACUAAGUGAAGCUUGUACUAAGACAAGUGCAAUACCAACGGAGGAAUUCCAUGUUCUCGUAAAGUCAACAAAUAUGGCAGACGUCAAGCAGUACUUCCCGACACCUUUACUUGGGACAUUUGAGUACACAAAGGUGACAGCUGCUGGGGUCUCUUCCUGUGGCACUGGAUCAGUAUGGGACGUCUGCGCUAACAGAACGACCAUGACCUUCAACAUGACGCAGUGCAAUUCAGUGGUUGCUUUCUCUCAGGGAGAGGUUUAUGGCGUCACUUCUGUCACAAAAGAUUCCACAUACUACGUUGUUGUUGUGAAUCCGGACACUGUUGAUGACUCGACAUAUUACCGCUUUACUUGUAUGGCUGUGACUCAGUCGGGAAGCACUGUAACGGUGGUAGAAAAAAGCGGAAGUUGCGGUGUGGGGCAGAACACGACAUUGGCUGGAACUGGUGGAUCGAAAUACACAAUGAACCCAUAUGUAACCUGUCCCUUCACUACAGACAGCGAUAGUUCCACCGCAGCAGAGUCCAGCAACACCGCACUCAUCGCGGGGGUCGUGGUAGCCGUGUUGCUGUUAAUUAUUAUCGCUGUGGUAGUGGGAUUCAUUAUAUUUAAGAAAAAACAGAAACAAAUUCAUACGUAUGACAAAGAGAAGGAGACAAACGGCAACGAACUGGAUUAUCUGCAUAGAGGUUAUACAAACGUUCCUGAAAACCCGACACUGACAGCAGUUUCAAGUUCCCAGAACUAACCACCCAAAGGCAACCAAUGAACGCUUCGGACAGGAGGAUGCUCUACUUUGAUGUUGUGGGGAUGCCCUCUAUCUCUCCCCCUCUCUGUGUUUUUCUUUUUCAAACUUUUGAUAGCACGUGUUUUCUUGUCGGUAAUGUUAUAAAAUGUGCUGCGGGGAACUAGUUUAAUACUUACAGACAGUAUCAGUAUUAUUUGUAUUGUUGGAAUGCAUAAGGACCGGGCAGAUUAAGCAAGAAUGGACAUUUUUAUUUUGUGUGUAAUUUAUGCAUGCAUAUAUGUUUGACAUUAUAACUGUAAUUUAUAUUUUUGCAAUUUUGUGUGUGCGUGUGUUAAUUACUUGUUCUUACUUUUAUAUCCGGGGAUUUGCUUGUUGUUUAACCUCGACCAACAUCCCUAUGAAUGGUUUUUUGCAUAUUGCGUAGAUUCAGCAAGAAUGACAUUUUGAUUGUGUAUGUAAUUUAUGCAUGCAUAUGUUAAUUGUUAUAACUUUGAGCAUUUGUAAUUUAUAUUUUUGCAGUUUUGUGUGUGCGUGUGUACAUAACUUUUUCUUAUUGAUUUGUUUGUCGUUUAACUUAUGCCAAACUCCCUGUUAAUGGGGUUUUAUUUUUACGUCAAUCGUUCUCUGAUCAUAUUUUAUGAUUGAUAUUGUUUUGCAUAAAGGCAAUAACAAGCAUUUACUUAUUUCAUAUUCACCCCAUGCCAUCUCUGACGUCAUCCGCUAGUCAUUUUCCAACAUUGUCUGAAGACAUCUUUGUUCUAGAUGAAUUGAGCAUAUAUCAUGUCUGAUGGGUGUGAACUGGAUUUGUUGAAGAAGUAAACUUUGUAAUACAUUACUGGAUAGUUAAGUAGUUAAUGAGAUACUGUCAGCUGUUUAUUGAUUUAAAGUAUAUAAUCAACAUAAGCAGCAAUCAAUAAAUAGAUAAUUGUUAGUAUUCUCUGCAAAGUAGGAAUCAAAGGUAUUUUAUAUUUUAACAUAUCAACCUCCACGCCCAACCUAGUAUCUGCUAAAUCAUCAUCUGCGACACAUCAACCACCCUAUACUCCUAUUGGGAAUACUGUGACGCACCGAUCGCCCUAUAUUACUAUGACGUUUCGACCGUCCUAUACUCCUGUUAGGAUUACUGUGACGCAUCGACCGUCCUAUACUCUUGUUGGGAUUACUGUGACGCAUCGACAGUCUUAUAUUUCUGUUGGGAUUACUGUGACGCAUCGACAGUCUUAUAUUUCUGUUGGGAUUACUGUGACGCGUCGACUGUCUUCUAUUUGUGUUGGAAUUACUGUGAUGAAUCAACCGUCCUAUAUCUUCUGUUUGUAUAAGAUUGAUGAUAACCAUAAUUGGGUCCAUUUGUGUAACCAUAGUUACACAUAACAUCCGUUGGAAUAUGAACUCUUUCCAUUGGCUGAUUAAAGAUUCCGCGGGCGUUUUGUUCAUUUUUAAAGUCAUGUUGGAAUGAAAACUCGUUAUCUCUGAAAUUUGAAACGAAAUACGAAAGUAGAGGAUAUGAAAAAUGCAUGUACUCAGUCAUAUUUCUACCCACAGUCAGUAAUAUAUGAAGCUAGUUAUAAAUUCAAACUGAUUACAUGUACAAUCGUAUUAUUACUGUAUCUAAUGAAUAUAAGCAUGUCAUGGAAAGCUUAGAAAUGUUAGAUGAAAUACAAAUAUUAAGAUUUAUGAUCUUCGUUUUCUUCACCCUCAUUGUAUUUUACCAUUUACUGGCUUUUUCGCAAAAUAUAUGAGGACACGUACUGUAUUGUAUAUCUGCUGUUGUCCGGAAUUCUGUUGUCCGGAAUUGUGCUGCUUUGAAAUUCCAUGAAAAAAGCAUUGUGUCUGUUCAUCUCAUUACUUGGGCCUUCAUUUAAGCAACUGAUGUUAGACGUGGCAUUAUUGUUGGAAUGUAUUCCUAAUAUCUAUUGAAUAAAGAUACAGUUGAAGUAUU